AUGGCAGCGCCGGUAGAUGCGCAAACCCGGACCAGAAGUCCCGCGGCGCCCGAGCCAUCAUCUAAUGAGACUGGCUCCAUAUCUGACACGGUGAAGGCAAUGGACCCUUCGCAUGCACCGGGUGCAUCCAUAAAAAGAAAAACCAGUUCGGCCUCACAGCAUCCCAUCCCUGCCACAGGGGCCCCGACAGCCGUCGUUGGCGAUGCCCUCAUGACUGAUGUAACAGACGAAGAGGCGGCUGCGACUCUUUCCAAAAACAAUGAGAAAUCCACACCCCCAGAGGCUGCCCGCACCAAGCUGGAGACCACAGUCGUCGUCGCCUCGCUGGCCACGGCACUGUUCCUGGCGGCGCUGGACAUCUCCAUCGUGACCGUCGCUAUUCCCGCAAUCGCAUCCGACUUUCGCUCCACCGUGGGCUACACAUGGAUCGGGUCCGCCUACCUCCUCGCAAACGCCGCCAUGGCCCCGAUAUGGGGCAAGGUCUCGGACAUAUGGGGCCGCAAGCAGAUCCUCCUGCUGGCCGCGUGCGUCUUUUGGGUCGGUAGCCUCCUGUGCGCCGUCAGCGUCAGCAUGACGAUGCUCAUCGCCAGCCGCGCGGUCCAGGGCAUGGGCGGCGGCGGCAUCAUCAUCAUGGUCAACGUCUGCAUCAGCGACCUGUUCAGCAUCCGCAAGCGCGGAGUCUACUUUGGCAUCAUGGGUCUCGUCUGGGCCGUGGCUGGUGCGGUCGGUCCCGUGGUGGGAGGCCUCUUCACGACAAAGGUCUCAUGGCGUUGGUGCUUCUACAUCAACCUCCCCAUCGCCGGGGUCGGCAUCGUGAUCUUGUUCUUCGUCCUCAAGCUGCACAACCCAAGGACGCCGAUGCGACAGGGCCUCGCCGCCGUCGACUGGCUCGGCUCCCUGACCAUCAUCGCCGGCACGGUCAUGGUGCUCAUGGGCCUGACCCUCGGUGGCGUCACCGCUCCCUGGACCUCGCCCACGGUCUUGUGUCUGCUGAUCAUCGGUGCCGCGGUGGUUGCCGCUUUCAUCCUCGUCGAGCUCUACGUCGCGCCGUAUCCCGUCGUGCCGAUGCACCUCUUCAAGGUCCGCUCCAACGUCGCCUCGCUGUCCGUCGCGUUCGCGCACGGCUUCACCACCAUAUCGGGCUUCUACUACCUCCCGCUGUACUUUCAGGCCGUGCUGGGGGCCGACGCCCUCAUGUCGGGCGUCUACAUCCUGCCGUACGCGACGGUGCUGUCCCUCGUGUCGGUCGGCGCCGGCUGGUACAUCAAAAAGACGGGCAAGUACCUGCCGCCCAUCAUCUUCGGCUUCGUGUUCCUGACGCUGGGGCUGGGCCUCUUCAUGGACCUGGGCGGCCCGUCGGCGAGCGGGCCCAACUGGGCCAAGGUCAUGAUCUACACCAUCAUCGCGGGCGUCGGCGUCGGGCCAAACUUCCAAUCCCCGCUGAUUGCGCUGCAGACGACGGUGGCGCAGCGCGACAUGGCCAGCGCCACGGCCACGUACCAGUUCUUCCGCCAGAUGAGCACGUCCGUCUCGGUGGUGGUCGGCGGCGUCAUCUUCCAGAACACAAUGGACCGCCAGCACGCGCGUCUGCUCGAGCGCCUCGGGCCGGAGAUCGCCGCGCUCCUGACGGGCCAGGACGCCGCCGCCAGCGUCGAGGCCGUCGCCGCCAUCCCGGGCGAGGAGGGCCUGAUCGCGCGCGAGGCCUUUUGGAUCAGCCUCAGGACCAUGUACAUCAUGUACACGGUGGCCGCGGGCCUCGGCCUGGUCUUGUCCUUCUUCAUCGGCACCCGGAAGCUGAGCACCGAGCACGAGGAGCACAAGACGGGCCUCAGGACGCUGGCUAGGGUCAGGUCCAAGGUUGCGAGUGAGAAGCAGCAGGAGGGUGGUGCGGGCGCCGGACGGGAUGAUUUCGGGCCGGAGACGGCGAAACAGUAG